UUAUUAAUGCACAUACAUAUUGGCACGGUGUAUAAUGUUUCUUGAACGCAUAUUCACGUACUCGUGCCCAAGUUUCAUAAUAUUCUUUAUCGUAUGACGGGGUUGUUGGAAAUAUUAUAUGUGUUGAAAUUAUUACUGUGAAAAUAAGGUAAAAUGAUGAGAUGGAUCUGCAGUGUUUUGGUCACCUUGGUAGCCACGUGCUGUAUGUCUCGAGCCGCACGUGUGACGACGUUGAAUGGUGACGUAGAAGGAUUUACUGCCAAUGUCGACGGUGAAGAUGUGGAUAUAUAUCUUGGAAUUCCUUUCGCUAUGCCACCGAUUGGUGACCUCCGAUUUAGAGCUCCGUUGCCAGUGCAGAAUUGGACUGGUGUAUUUGAGGCCAAGACUCAGCCUAACUCUUGCAUGCAACUACCCGAUGGACUUAUACCAGGUUUUCUUGGCGUAGAAAUGUGGAAUGCAAACACUCCAGUGAGCGAGGACUGCCUGUACCUCAACCUAUUUGUUCCUCGAACAAACAGUAUCAACCCUAGCCCGACUCUGUUUUGGAUUUACGGAGGGUCGUACGUAUACGGGAGCGCUACUCUCGAUAUUUACGAUGGACGGUAUCUUGCAGCAAAGGAAUCUGUUAUUGUAGCAACCGUUCAGUACCGGAUGGGCGUUCAGGGAUUUCUGUACACCGGAACAGACGACGCGCCUGGAAAUAUGGGCAUUUUAGAUCAGCAAAUUGCUUUAAUGUGGCUACAUGACAAUAUUGAUGGGUUUGGAGGUGACGGUAGCAACAUAACAUUGUUUGGUGAGAGUGCGGGCGCAGCUAGUGUAAGCCAUCACCUGUUUGCCCCGUCGUCGUGGCCUUAUUUCAACAACGCGAUUAUGCUCAGCUCUACGUCACUGAGCGACUGGUCAGUGCGACCGAAAAAGGAAAUGCUUUCAAAAACAAAAGAGUUGGCAAGAUUGGUUCAUUGUGAUGACGCUGAUAUGAGUGAUCUUGUUAAGUGCCUUCGAAAUGUCAGCGCGGACGAGCUUGAGAAUAUGCAGUGGUCCUCUAGCUUAAAUAACUCUUAUGUAGGUACAUUUCUACCAACGGUCGAUGGUGUUUUUCUACCCGAAGCUCCACAAUCAGCAAUGAACUCAGGGAGAAUGAAAACAGCUGAUAUUAUGCUUGGGGUCGCUAAAGAUGAGGGAGAAUUCUUUUUGCUCUAUUUUUUCCAAGACGUGUUCCCGACAUCAAAGAUCGACAACCCGGAUCCGCUGAAUCGCUCUCAAUUUCUGGAUACAAUGUGCAAAAUAGCCAACUGCGAGAAUGAGAUGGAGAGGGAUGCUAUAUUGUACAUCUAUGAGCUGUCUACCAUUCCGUCCACGCGUGGCAGCUACAGGGAUAUUCUUGACGAUAUACUUGGUGACAUCUUCUUCAAGUGCCCAGUGAAGGCACUCGCCGAUGGUUACGUGGCUCACAAUAAAGGAAACGUUUACACGUACUCGUUUGAAUACCGUCACAGUGCAAACCCUUGGCCUGCUUGGAUGGGGACACUGCAUGGAUAUGAGAUUGAACUGAUGUUCGGGCAACCUUUCGGUUACGGUGGACCUUUCACUUACAACGAAACUGAUAGGAGCGUUAGCCGUCAGGCUAUGAAAUACAUUUCGGAAUUUGCAAAUAGCGGGAGUUUAGCCGGAUUCAGCUCUGAAUGGCCAGAAUACACCUCACAAUCCGAGGAGCACAUCGUUUUUACUGGAGAUGGUGACACAGUCGUGACGAAAGGCUUCAAAACGAAGGAAUGCUCAUUCUGGAAGUACCUCAUGCCGAAACUCAAGGAGAUGGUCGAAAAAAAUCACAAAGAUCCACUCCAGGACAUAUUUAAUGACCAUAAAGAGUAAUUCUAAAGUACGCCAUCGACAACAAACACAGCCUCCUCGUGUAAUAGACAGUUCUUUAUCACUUAUAUUACUUCUUUUAUUCUUCUCUUGUGUUUUAGUUUGAAGAAUCAUUAGUGAAACUGUUUUGUAGAUUCAUACUUCAUAGAACCAUUAGGCAUACCAUUCGAGUCACGAGGUGUAUAUACGUAGAAAACUAUCUCAGCAUGUAUUAUAGCUGCAGGUGCACAUCAGUUAAAAGGCUAAUGCAUUAUUACUUAAACAUAAGAAUACAACUUACAUUUUAAGCCAAUAAUUUGACAGAUGGGUAAUCAUUAAUUCUUUAAUUAAAUCAUUAAGAUUUUACAACUUGCGCGGGUGUUUAAAGAUCCGCCUACUAUAUUAAAGUCAUCCGAUACACGGCUAUGCUCACUCCGCAUUUUCCUUAUCAAUAAGAAGUUUCUUAAUGUAACUAAUACUCAGCCAAUGGUUACAUAAGAGUCUAUUGGGUACAAAGAAGUCAGAGCAAUACGUUGUUUACACUUCGAAAAACACACACACAAAGCAACAAAACAACUUAAACAUUUGUUUUGUGAUAUUUCAAAAACUGAGAGAUAAUGAUAUAUAUUUGGAAUGCCGUAUUUGAACAUAAACCAAACUUUGGGGCCUUGUUCUUUUGAAAAAUAACAAACAGAGGCAAGACAUGAAAAUUAAAUUUUGCAUUUUCCAAUUGCAUUAAACGUUACAGUAACCGACGCAGUUGAUAAUGAGAUGUAUUUGCAUUUUCUAAAUUUGUAUAUUUCGAUUAUAAUCAUCACGUUUAAUGUGUUUGUUUUGUACAUAGGUACUGUUGACCUUGUUUUACAAAUGCCAUAUUUCUGAAUAAAUAUUGAUUAAUACAGC